UGGCCCGGAGUAAUAUGAUGGCAACACUAAUUUCAAUCACUUUGGGAUUGUGAACGAGUGAUCGAUCGCGUUCGCGGAUCGCGGCUGGUUGACGACAGUUUGUGCGUGGUAGCGCUCGUUGGGCUAAUUAAUUAUGGCACUUUUCAGGAUUUCUUCGACCAGAGUAUUGGAACUGCAGAAAGUAUGCCCAUCGGCGUCAAUUCUACUGAGGGGUCUGAGCGCUGAGCAGACCAACCUCAAGGUUAUCCUGCAGGAUAAGAUCCCCAAAGAACAAGAGAAGAUCCGUGAUUUCCGUAAGAAAUAUGGCAGCACCAAAGUGGGAGAAGUCACCAUUGACAUGAUGUACGGUGGAAUGCGCGGUAUCAAAGGUCUAGUAUGGGAGACUUCAGUGUUGGACCCUGAUGAGGGUAUCAGGUUUCGUGGAUUGUCCAUUCCUGAGUGCCAAAAAGCGCUGCCCAAAGCUAAAGGUGGAGAAGAACCCCUACCAGAAGGUCUUUUCUGGCUUCUUGUCACCGGCGACGUCCCCACCGAUGCCCAAGUCAAAUCCCUUUCAAAGGAAUGGGCACAGAGGGCCGAGCUACCAGCACACGUGGUUACCAUGCUGAACAACAUGCCCAGCAAACUGCACCCCAUGUCACAGUUUUCUGCCGCAGUCACCGCCCUCAACAGCGAGUCAAAGUUUGCGCAGGCCUACUCAGAGGGCGUACACAAAUCCAAGUACUGGGAGUAUGUGUACGAGGAUUCCAUGAACCUGAUCGCGAAGCUGCCCGUGAUUGCCGCAACGAUUUACCGCAACACUUAUCGUGAUGGCAAGGGCAUCGGUGCCAUCGACGACAACAAAGAUUGGUCUGCCAAUUACUGCACCAUGCUCGGCUUUGACGACCCCCAGUUCACAGAGCUGAUGCGUCUCUACCUCACCAUCCACAGUGACCACGAAGGCGGCAACGUGUCUGCGCAUACCACACAUUUGGUCGGCUCAGCAUUGAGCGACCCCUACCUGUCCUUCGCCGCUGGUCUGAACGGCCUGGCUGGACCCCUCCACGGACUCGCCAACCAAGAGGUGCUGGUCUGGUUAGAGAAGCUCCGAAAGCAAGUGGGCGACAACGUGACCGAGGACCAGUUGAAGGAGUUCAUCUGGAAGACCCUCAAGUCCGGACAGGUGGUGCCAGGAUACGGACACGCUGUACUUAGAAAGACUGACCCGAGGUACACAUGCCAACGCGAGUUUGCGCUGAAGCACUUGCCCAACGACCCUCUGUUCAAGCUGGUGGCGGCCGUAUACAAGGUGGUGCCUCCCAUCCUCACCGAGCUCGGCAAGGUUAAGAACCCCUGGCCCAAUGUAGACUCGCACUCUGGAGUCCUCUUACAGUAUUAUGGGUUGAAGGAGAUGAACUACUACACGGUGAUGUUCGGCGUGUCGCGCGCGUUGGGCGUGCUCGCGCAGCUCAUCUGGUCGCGCGCGCUCGGGCUCCCCAUCGAACGGCCCAAGUCCCUCAGCAGUGAAUUGCUCAUCAAACAAUACAACAAGUAAACCGACGCCCUAAACAACUUCAUUCUAUAAGCCGGGUCCGGGAGCUAAUCCCUUUUAGUACCCUCAAUUUGUACCAACCACAGCUCGAUUCACAUGCAACACCGAUGGUCAAUUAUUGCGUAAUCUAAGAGUAGUAUAAGGGGAUCGUUCCAAAUCUUAAUUUAUUAUACCUGUUUUAAUUUAUUUACAUUAGCGUUAAGUUGUAGCGGGUUUAUUUUUAUAAAUAUUUGUUAAAUGUUAUUUCGAUACCUCUAUGUACUUAUUUCUGUGAUCAAGCUUAUUUAAAUAUUUGUACUAAGUAUAUUUUGUAAAUGUUAAUUGACGCUAUAUUUCUUAAAUAAAAUUAAAUCAUGCAGUAAUAUUGACUACUCUGGUGGUGUGACUCGACUGUCUUCACGUAGUGCAGCAUUGUAUUUGUUGGGUUAUUUCGUAGGAUUUACAUAAAAAGAUUGAUUUAAACCAGUAUGCUGUGCAUACUGUUAUUAUAAAUAAAAGAGCCAAUACAGCCACAGAUUUUAAACAUUACGCCAGUAUUUGUUCCAUUGUUCGGCUCUUACUUCGGUAGAUAGUAAUGUGGCACUAAAAUUAUCCAAAUGAAUAAAUCCUAGGUACUUAGGUGAGAUUGGUUUUCUCAAGAAAACAAAUGUUGUCAUACUUCACAAUACUUUCCGAAAAAGCUUAUUAUUUUUUUGUAAUUAAAUUCUCUUUGCGACGCUAUUACUUCUAUUGUAAUUUAUUAAAGUUAUCCUCAUUUGUGCACAUGGAAUAUUUCCGAUACUAAUAUUCUAUGCUUGUGUCGCGAAGUGUUGCAAAAUUAUUUCUAGUAGCACGCGACUUAACGACAAAAAUAAAAUGUAGACAACGUAUAAUUGUGUCUUCUAUAAACAAUUGCGGUAAUCGCGUGAAGAUUUCAAUCGUCAAGUAGCGUAGUGUCAUUUCCAUGUGUAUAAAAGGGCUUAGGUACAUGCCAAAGUAUUUAUAUGUCUCUGAUGUAAAUAAUAAAGUAAUACAUUUUAUUUUUAAAAGGGUUACUGUGUCGAUUAAAAGAAGUACCUACCAACCAGGAAAAUUAUACAUUUGUGUAUCAUGCCUCAUCAUUUAUCUUUUAUCGUACGUCUACUCCCAUGAAUAUUUAUUGAAACAUUAUCAUGUAGCAGGUAUGGCAUCUUUGAUUUUGCUGUGUUGCGGGCCUAAUCUAAAUGAACGUGUAAUGGUGCCACGACAUACUAUCGUUUUAGUGAAAAUAAAUUAGUAAUUUGACAAUACUAAAAAUAAAUUGGUACGGUGUAUGUAGUACAA